AUGGAUCAGACUGACUCCAUCACAAGCUACAUCAGUAAAUGCACUGAAGACAUUGUACCAAAAAUCAGUGUCAGAUCAUUUUCCACCCAGAAACCCUGGAUCAAUGCUGAGGUUCGAGCCAACCUAAGAGCUCAAGCUGCUGCCUACAACUCUGGUGACUCGGCUAGCUACAAGGAGGCCAGAUAUGACCUUCAGAGGACCAUCAGGCUGGCCAAAAGGAGCUACAGGGACAGAAUCCUCACCAACUUCUACAGAUGCACCACAGAGAGCAUCCUCAUGGGCUGCAUCAUUACCUGGUACAGCAGUUGCAUCACCUACAACUGCAAGGCCUUUAAAGGAGUGGUUGUGAGGACGGCAGAAGCCAUUAUAGGCAAACUACCAGCUUUACAGGACAUGUACCAGUCCCGCUGCCUCAGGAAGAUCAAAGAGAUCCGGACACCCAGCCCAUGGCCUGUGGCUGUAAUGUUGGGGUCGCAGCUCCACGGCAGUGGCACAGAGUCUAUGUAUGGGGCAUAUGCACCUGGAGACAUCAUCAUUGGGAUUCUGAGCUCAGUUCAUACUGAUAUAAAAGAUCUUCAGCCUUGGAUCCUUCCAGAUACGUCUGCCUGUAUAAACUUUGAUCUAUUAACAUUUGUACUGUCUUUAGCUUCAAUUCACACAAUCGAAAUGAUCAAUGACUCUGGAUUUCUUCCUGGAAUUCAGCUUGGAUAUCUGAUGUGUGAUCCGUGUGCAUAUGCAACCAAAGCUGUACAGUGUGUGGCAGACAUGCUGGCUGUUAAUGGGUCACUUACAGUCCUCUCUGACUUUUCAAAAUUCAAUCCACCUGUGAAAGCUUUCCUUGGCGAGAGAUAUACUGAAACAUCUAUUCCUGCUGCCAAACUGAUUAGCCUGUACAAGAUUCCCCAGGUGAGUUGCUCAUCUUCUGCAGCAGCCCUAAGUGACAAAUUACGCUACACAUCCUUCUUUCGUGUCAUCCCAAGUAACAUAUAUCAGUCGCAGGCACUCGCAAAGCUGAUGAGGCCCUUUAACUGGGACUGGAUUGGAAUUGUGAGCCUUGAUGAUGAUUAUGGAAAAGGUAUCUAUGAGAACUUUGUGCGACAUGCAGAGAAAGAGAGGAUAUGCUUUGACUUUGAUGAAGUGAUACCAAACUACAAUAAUGUGAAACAGCGCAUCCAGGAGGUGGCUGAUAUUAUCCGAAACGCAACUGCCAGAGUUGUGGUGCUCUUCCUAAGAAUUCAGCAGGUAGAGAUGCUGUUUGAAGAGAUGAUUAAAACAAAUACUUCUCGAACCUGGAUUGCCAGUAAUGCAUGGUCUAUGUCUCGCCUCUUAAUGAAGAUGAAGGGCAUAAACAAGGUGGGAGACAUUAUUGGCACUACCUUCAUCACAGGGAAGAUCCCAGGUUUUGAAGACUACCUCCAGAAUCUGAGGCCACGUCCAGGGGUGAGAAAUGACUUCAUCAUGGAGUACAAACAAAUGAGGUUUAACUGCAGUCAGCAAUCACAGCACACGUCCCCUUUGGCCUGCAAUGUGACAGACCCCCAGGAGGCAAACGAUGACUACCUGCUCCAAGCUGUGGACGUGACGGAGGCCUACAGUCAGAGAGUAGCCGUGCACGCUGUAGCUCAUGCCAUGAAGAAACUUCUUCAGUGUAAUGACACUGCCUGCUCUGGAGAUACCAACUUCAUGACAUACAAGCUCGUGGACAUUCUUCGUAAGGUGAACUUCACUUUGGAUAAUCAGACAUUCUCCUUCAAUGAAAACGGUGAUUUUGAGAAUGGUUAUGAUGUCAUGAUGUGGAAACAGAAAGGGGAUGAAAAAGUUUGUGAAGUGGUGGGAAAAUUCUUCAUAAAGAAUGGGGACGUUGAGAUAAGUGAGCACAAAAUCCACUGGACCAACUCUACGGUGCCCUGGUCAAGGUGUUCAAAGCCAUGUCCCCCUGGCACAGAGAAGAACAUAUCAAGCAUCUCCUGUUGCUAUAACUGUACUAACUGUAAUGAAGGAUUUUAUUCUAAUGAAACAGAUCAGGACACCUGUAAAAAAUGUCCAGAUGGCUCUUGGUCUCUUCCAGGGUCGAGGGAAUGUCAGAAAUGGAAGAUCUGGUUUUUGGAGUGGUCUGCAGCUUAUUCCAUUGUAGUGAUGAUUGGAACAGUAAUAGGUGCUCUACUGCUGGUGUUCUCAUUCAUCUUUUACAUCCUACACAGAGAAAAACCCAUCAUAAAGGGCAUCUUAGUCAUUUCAUGUCUGAUGAAAUUUGGCCUGAUGGUGAGUUUUGGAGGUGUAAUACUUUUCUUAGGCAGCCCAAACAUCCAUGUUUGCAGAGCACAACAGACCAUGUAUGGUCUUGGGUUCACGCUCUGUGUGUCCUGCAUUCUGGUCAAGGCCCUUCACACAUUCUUAGAGUUAAUGUCCUCUAAUCCUACAAAGCAGCGCCAACUAAGAAAGUUUGAUAAGCCCUUUGUCAUCAUAGGAAUCCUCACUGCUAUUCAAGCUCUCAUCUGCAUCUUCUGGAUGGUAUUUGAUCCUGUUGAUGUUGAGGAGAAACAAUCAAAAACUCAGUUACUUACCCUGAACCGUCUGUGCACUCAGGGCUUCAUGUAUGGCUUUGGUGUGAUGCAUGUCUACAUUGCUUUACUAGCUGUGGUGUGUUUUGGAUUGGCCUUCAAGGGGAGAGGUGAUGAGACUGAUCCUAUAGUCUUCAGCAUGCUCAUCCAUCUGUUUGCCUGGCUUUGCUUUAUUCCAAUCUUUAUCACUCAAUAUGAAUCACGCCCCAUCGUCCAGAUCUCUGGCAUUAUGGUCUCCAACUAUGGAGUCAUCUUCUGCCACUUUGCCCCAAAAUGGUUUAAGAUCCUCUCAGAAAAGACAUUGGAGACAGUAAAAACCCCAGUUGCUCCUCUCACAAAUGACUCAGACUCUGGAGUAAUUUCUAACUUCACAAGUGGCUUAAGAGAGUCAACGCACAGCAUUCCACAGAGCCGAUUCAGCAUUGCAGAGUCAGACCCAUCCAACUGGGAUAUUAGCAGCCUGCAUCUGUCUGAAGCCAGUAUAGCCUCAUUUAGGCGUCGGAGACAAAGAAGUUGGAGAUCAAAAAGUCUGAGACCAAGAAGCCGGAAGUAAUUUAUAAGCCUGUUUGGGUUGAAUUGGUUUAUUCAUCUGUACAAUCUGUAAUAAAAUUCGUACAUGUCUUACCAGUGAUAAGCAACAGGACAAGCAAGUUUCUAGUGGGUUGUAUUUUCUACAAACCCAGAAGUCUGCAUCACCAUGGUCAUACCAAAACUAAAACUUGUAUAAACGAUAAAAACUACCAAGA